AUGAAGUCUGCGAACCAAUUUCUGCCGAUUGACCUUGUGAAUGGGUUGGCGGAGCAGCAAAUUCAACCCCUGGGCCGCGAUAUAUCAUCCCCAGUAGAGGAUGUUGUGCAGAGGGAAUGGUUCACGUAUACCGGCUCUUCGAGAUCAGGUCUUCUUACACCAGAUAUUUCGUCCGAGCAAACGCAAGUUGACGAGACGUACCGGGCGAAUCUGGAGGCUAAACUGCAGCACCACGUUCCUAUCUUCCCCCUUCCAUCUACUGACUUUCUGAACAUCUGCAUCCAGGCGUAUUUUACAAAGUUUCACCCACUAUUUCCCGUUAUACAUGCCCCGACUUUUCGACCAUCAGCCAAUAGAUCUCUCCUCCUACUAUCAAUAUGCUCUAUGGGGAGUCUAAUUGUUGGCUUAUCGCACGCCAAAGCCCAAGGUGUGAAGAUUUUUGAGACGCUUAACAAAGCAAUCCUCGCCUCUUGGGAAGGCAUCAUGUCUGGGAGAGGGGCGGAGGUUACCCCUAUGAUCCAAGCGGCUCUAAUCGGUCAAACGUUUGGUCUCCUUUCUGGUAGACAAAAGGACCUCUUCAUAGCGCAAACGUUUCACGGUACACUACUUGCGUGGGCAAGAAGGUACCAGAUGUUCAAGUCGAGAAAACCAUCUGACUGUAUCUCACUUGAAGACCUUUCUCGUCAUCCCCAAAGCGCUUGGCGGACCUGGGUACAAGCAGAGGAGCAAAAUAGGAUCGCCGCAGCACUCCAUAUCCACGAUAUCGAGUUCGCGGAUCUCUUUGUUACGGACACAUAUUUACGACAUACUGUGUCAAAGCGGCCAACCCUAUGCGAUGAUGAGCUUUGGGCUGCGACCACAGCUGAGGAAUGGUCCAAGCUCAUGGCCCAUCACUUAACCUCAUCGCAGAUCGCUGAAAACGGCGGUGCUUUGCGGAAAGCGACUCCUAGACUAAACGCGUACCUCGAGCUUGAAGGCAUUGUGGCCUCCGUAGUCGAAAGCAGGAGCCUAAUAUUAGACACCGAUAAAUCAGAAGAACUCGCAAACCAUGUUACCCCAACCCUUAUCCGCUUUUACACCGCUCAUAUCAAGUCGCAACCAAAGCAAUACGACAAAUUCUGCCUCCUUGCUCUCUGGCACUCAAUCUUCAUAUCCAUAACCGCAAAUAUUGACUACCUUGAACUCGCGAUCGGGAAAGAAGACUCUCGCCUGGCCAACUCCACGCUCAUCACCGAAUAUCUGCGCACCUGGGCGAACUCGCCAAGCGGCCAGCGAGCUGCCUUCCACGCAGUGCUCAUUCUAAGCCACCUGGAGCAGGUUGCCCUAGCCACUGAAACACCGAUCCAUAUUCCCCGGGUUAUUUUCCGAGCGGCUAUAGCCUGGUUCUGCUACACAAAGUAUCAAGACAAUUCAGAGCCCCCGCAACUACAAGAAAUCCGAAUAGUACAGUUCCCUGAGCUGAACGAGAUGAGCAUAAACGGCCAGAAGGUGCUUUCUGAAGCGAGAGGAUCGAGAUUGGAGAGGUCUGUGAUGGCGGAGUCGUCGACAUUGUGCGAAUUUAUUGAUUUAUUACAGCGCAUGGGCCACUGGGCAUUAUCAAAGAGAUUGGCAGGGAUACUGAACUUGCUUUUGCCAGAUAUUGAUGUGGAAGAGCGAUAG